UCGCGAAGCACAACAGACGACGUUCGUUCGCGCGAGUGGUGCGAUCUGCUCGUGUCCUAGGACGGUCGGUCGAUCGGACACGCGUUUUCUCUACUCUACCUGUCGAAAGUUAGUGGCCUCGUCGUUCUUCGCGCCACGUUCGCGAUCCUUAAUCGUGGGAUAUUUGAUAUACGAUCUCCGAAAUACAAUAAAAAGGAAGUUGAAUAUAAAAUAGGAAAAAAGAGGAAGAAAGAUAGAAAGAGAGAGAGAGAGAGAGAGAGAGAGAGAUAGAAAGAGAGAAAGAGAGAGAGUGAAAGAGAAAAAGAGAGAUAGAGAAAGAAAGAGAGAGAGAGAGAGAGAGAGAGAGACGUUAUUAAGCGGAUUUUUUUUCCCAACGGGACGUUGCGUCUUGAGAGGAAUCUUUUAACCGUCAUCGGUGUUGGGUCGCGACCGCGACCCAAAACAUCAUCAGAGUAAACUUGUUUAGAAUCUUGAUCGUGUGCGCACGAGUAAAACUAACGAGUACAACUCCCGAAGCUACUACUACUACUUUUUAUGAGAGGAGAACAACUUUGGUAUUCAUAACGGUUCCAUUACUCAUAUUCGUGGCGUGGGGCACGGCCGUAAUGGAAUUACAGAGCUGGUUACUCUACCAUCUCGUAGCUGUAACCGACUGCAAUCAAGUUAAAUUUAUCUGAGUUCGGCCAACGUUCACAAGUCCACUGGCAUUUUUUCUUUUUUGUUAUUUAAUUUCCAAUCCCGUUAUCGUCAAGAGGAAAUAGCGGUUUACCAAUGUUUGAUGGUGAACCGUGAGAAGUUAAUGACAAUCUUAACGGAACUUAACGUGAUGCAGUCGGCAGCUACAAUCGGUGGUGGUGGAACUUAUCCUGCCGGAGGCACCGGAAGUCGUGCUCGAGACUUGGGUCUUCGUGCUCAGAAGAAGCUAUUGGGACGAGUGGUCUCCACUGGUGCUGGAAGGUCUCUUCUAAUAGAUGACGCGACCACUUCACUCUUGGACAAUCUUUACAAGCUGAUGGAAAGGGCGACGAAGAACAAUCCAUCCUUAGAUAAAAAACAACCGGAGAAAGUUCUCAAGAAUAUUGUUAAAUUGUCCAUCAAGGUUGGGCUGUUGCAACGUAAUCAACAACUCGGUCCAACGGAUGAUGCAAAACUUGUUGAGAUCAGGACAGCUUUGAGAGCAGUAGCGAUGGCUGUGGUCUCCUUCUACGAACUCGAAUUCAGUUUCGACAAAGCGUACUUAACUCGAUCCCUCGAGCGUUGUCGAUCAGCGAUACAAGGUCUGAUAAAGCCUCACUUGACGGACAAGUCUCAGGAUCGAUGCGAUCAGGUCUUCGAUUUUCUAAGAAAUCCCGAAUUUUUAGAUUCGGUGUUUAGGCAAGAUUCUGAACACAGACCAAUCCUCGGGAUGCUAGUCAGUGAUAUAAACAAAGCCUUAGAUGCUGGACAUCUUUGACUUCUUGUAGAUUCCAUUGUACUCGAUCGAUAUUAAUGAAAUGCCAAGAAAGGACAACGAUUGAUGGAUGGAUGAAUAUCGAUUAUUGUUCGAUCUUUGCAUGGAACCAUCAAAGAGGGUUCAUUAGAAAUUUUCAUAAGUGUUCACUCUCUGCCCAUACGCGUGCGUCGAUUUUUUUAACGAUAUUUUCAUAGAAUUUACGCACGAACGUACGUACGCACAUUAGCCGAUUUUGUUUAAUGCAACGAUCAUUGAAAAAAAAAAAAAAAAAAAAAAGAAAAAACGAUAUACAUUUUUCGUAUACAUACGUAUUUUAUAUGUAUACGUGAACGUCGCUAGUUACACGAUUGAUGAACGUAUCUAUUGAUUUAUGCAAUAAUCGUUCAAUACUCUGCUUAAUUUAAGAAUGUCGGCAUAUAUUGUGUAAACGAAUUAUAUUUAUUCGCGCGCCUAAUUGCUAGGAAUUAUUAAUAAUUAAUUAACAUCUGCCGCGGAAGUUCGAAUUUCGACGAUCUUGACGGAUGUUCAAAAGAGAUCCUUGGAAUGUAAAAUGGAAUCGUCUCACACGUAAUGCACGUUAAAAAAAAAAAAAAAAGAAAAGGAAGAAGAAAAAGAAAAGAAAGGAAAAGAAAAAAAAAAAAGAAUACAUUCACCACGCGAUAAACAUUUUAUAAAUGAUAAUCACCACAUAUCUUAAUUUAACAACAUACACAUUACUUAUAUGCGUACAUUUCAAGGAUAAUAUUGUAAUGUGUAUAUCUUAUCGAAAAAUUUCGAUAUUAAGGAUACACGCAUUUUAUAUACAGUUAUACACCUCCUCUCUUUACACGUUAUUUAUGAUGAUUAUCUAUAUAGCGAAAUGUUGUACCAAUGGUCAAUAAAUUAUUUAUAAAUGCGAAA